AUGAGUUCGAGCAUGCUUUCUUUUGCUUUCUUACUGAUAGUUUUAAGUGUAACCCUUUAUUUCGGUUCGACUUAUGCUUCUACGCAAUCACCCAAUAUUGUCGUUAUCAUCGCUGAUGAUCUUGGAUGGAACGAUGUUAGCUUUCACGGUGCCGAUGAAAUUCCUACUCCGAAUAUAGACGCUCUCGCAUACAACGGCGUGAUAUUGAAUCGACAUUAUGUAAUGCCGAUGUGUACGCCGUCAAGGGUAGCUUUCCUCAGCGGGCGACAUCCCUUAAGGACAAGUAUGCAGGGCUAUCCCUUGAAAGGAGCUGAACCACGUGGUCUGCACUUGAACGAUACUCUUUUACCUGAGUAUCUUCGUAAACUCGGAUACACUACUCAUCUCCUAGGGAAAUGGCAUGUUGGUUAUCUCACGAGAAAUUACGUACCCACUCGUCGUGGUUUCGACACUUUCUUGGGAUAUUUCAAUGGCCUUAUUCAAUACUUCAAUCAUACACUAAUCGAAAACGAACAAGUAGGCUAUGAUUUGCACCGUAUCGUAGGUGACAAUCACACAAUUGAAUAUAGAUAUGACUACAUGACUAAUCUUAUAACCGAGGAGGCUGAAAAUAUUAUUUUAUCGCAUAAUACUGAGAGGCCCAUGUAUCUGCAACUAGCACAUCUCGCUUCACAUGCUAGUAAUGCUGAAGAAAUUAUGGAAGUUUACGACUGGAAAGAAACGAAUGCCACUCUCGGCUACAUUCAAGACAUAAACAGAAGAAAGUUCGCGAGUGUCGUUGCUACAUUAGAUAAAUCUAUCGGUCGGGUGGUUGAUGCUCUAAACAAGAAAGAUAUGUUAAAGAACACAAUCAUACUUUUUAUAAGUGAUAAUGGAGCACAGACCGAAGGUCCAUUAUAUCAAAAUUUUGGAUCUAAUUAUCCAUUACGGGGGUUGAAAAGCUCGUUGUAUGAAGGAGGUGUUCGAGGUGCCGCGUGCAUUUACUCACCCUUGAUUGAGAACUCGUCGAGAGUCUUAACGCAAUUAUUUCACAUUACCGAUUGGCUACCCACGCUAUACUCCGCGGCUGGCGGUAAUUCAAGCGAUUUAUACCAAUUGGAUGGUAUUGACCAGUGGUCCACGAUCAAAACACAAAAAGCUAGCAAACGAAAAUCGGUUGUCAUAAAUAUCGAGGACAUUGACUACAGUGCUGCAUUAAUGGGACGUUACAAACUCGUUCAAGAUAAGUCCGACUUUCAGAAGCAUUAUAUUGACUAUAAAGGUAAUGAUCCGUCGUAUCCCAAAUACAACGUGACAAAUGUAUUAGAGUCACCAGCCGCAUCGGCCAUAGCAAAUGUUUCAAAUCAUGUAGUAACUGCAAGUAAAAUAGAAGAGCUCCGAAAAGAGGCCACGGUAGUUUGCGAGAAUCUUACGACCUCCGAUUGCGAGAAUCGCACUUGCUUGUUCGAUAUCUAUGAAGAUCCUUGCGAAGUUAUAGAUAUAUCCUCGCAGUAUCCUGAGAUUGUGAAGAGUUUGAACGUGCUCAUCGAAUGCUAUAAAAGGCAGGGCUACGAGGAAGCGAUUAUUUUAGAUGCCGAUCCUGCUGGCUAUCCGUCCAACUCUAACAAUUACACUUGGAUACCGUGGUUGCCGGACGACUAUGUACCGAGCAACAAAGUAUAUUUUACGAUAAAUGGAGCUGAAUACGCGGAAAUAUAA